AUGUUCCACGGGAUCCCCGCCAACGCCGGGAUGGGAGCCCCCGGGAACAAGCCGGAGCUCUACGAGGAAGUGAAGCUGUACAAAAAUGCCCGGGAACGGGAAAAAUACGACAACAUGGCCGAGCUGUUCGCUGUGGUGAAGACUAUGCAAGCCCUGGAGAAGGCCUAUAUCAAGGACUGUGUCAACCCCAAUGAGUACACAGCCGCCUGUUCUCGCCUCCUGGUCCAGUACAAGGCCGCCUUCAAGCAGGUGCAAGGGCUGGAGAUCAACUCCAUCGAUGACUUUUGCCGCAGGUUUCGACUCGACUGCCCGCUGGCCAUGGAGAGGAUCAAGGAGGACCGGCCCAUCACCAUCAAGGACGACAAGGGCAACCUCAACCGUUGCAUCGCGGACAUUGUCUCGCUCUUUAUCACCGUGAUGGACAAGCUGCGCUUGGAAAUCCGGGCCAUGGAUGAGAUCCAGCCGGACCUGCGAGAGUUGAUGGAAACCAUGAACCGCAUGAGCCACUUGCCCCCAGACUUCGAGGGGCGGCAGAAAGUCAGCCAGUGGUUGCAGACCCUGAGCGGGAUGUCGGCUUCCGACGAGCUGGACGACUCUCAAGUCCGCCAGAUGCUCUUCGAUCUGGAGUCGGCCUACAACGCCUUCAACCGCUUCCUGCACUCCUGA